AUGGUGAAACGCGCGUACCGCCUGCAGGAGUUCAAUGCGCACCAGUCCGCGGUCAACUGCCUCAAGAUCGGGCGCAAGUCCAGCGGCGUCAUGGUCACCGGCGGCGACGACAAGAAGGUCAACCUGUGGUCCAUUGGCAAGUCCUCCCCGAUCCUGUCGCUCGCGGGCCACCAGUCCGCGGUGGAGUGCGUGACGUUCGACAACGCCGAGGAGGUGGUCGUCGCGGGCGCCGCGGGGGGCACGCUCAAGCUGUGGGACCUGGAGGAGGCUAAGGUGGUGCGCACGCUGACGGGCCACAGGAGCAACGUCAUAUCGGUGGACUUCCACCCGUUCGGGGAGUUCUUCGCGUCCGGGUCCCUGGACUGCAACACGAAGAUCUGGGACAUACGGCGUAAGGGGUGCAUACACACCUACAAGGGCCACGACCGCGGGGUGAGCGUCGCCAAGUUCUCCCCGGACGGCAAGUGGGUCCUAUCGGGCGGCCAGGACGGCCGCGUCAAGCUGUGGGACCUCACCGCGGGUAGGCUGCUGAGAGAGCUGCCCGCGCACGACGGCCCCGUCACUUCCGUCGAGUUUCACCCAAACGAACUCCUCGUCGCCACCGGCAGCGCGGACCGCACCGUCAAGUUCUGGGACCUCGAGACGUUCGACCUGGUGGACACGUGCGUCGAGGCCACCGGCGUGAGGUCGAUGCUGUUCACCCCCGAGGGCGACGCGUUGCUGACGGGAACGUCCGAGUUUCUGAAGGUUUGGCGGUGGGAACCCGCGAGGUGCUGCGACGCCGUCGACGUGUCGUGGACCAAACUCGCCGAUCUCUCCACGCACGAGGGCAAGCUGCUCGGGGCGUCGUGCUCGAACUCGUUCGUGGGGGUGUGGGUGGUGGACCUCGCCAAGUGCGAGCCGUUUCACUCGGGCAAGGAACUCGGGCCCGGCGGCGGAGGCACCCGGGACGCGCCCGAUCGAACCUUGGGCGCCGUCGAGAACCGUGCACGGGAACCGCCCACGUGCUCGGGCCGCGCCGAGGAGGCCGUCGCGGCGGCGCAGCUGGCUGCCAAGGCGCGCGUGGUGGCGUCGGAGGAGAGGGCGAGGGAGGCGGCGGCGGGGGCGGCGGGGGCGACGACGAGGGAACCGAGGGGCUCCGGGUCUGUCCGGAUCGAUCACCGGAUCGAUCACCAGGGUUCGAGGAUGGAGAUGAACAGCGGGUUCGCCGCGGCGCACGGCAUAGGCGCGGACCCGCUCGCGGACAAACCGAAGGUGGUGUAUGUCGCCAACCCGCCGACGCCGCCGACGCCGCUGACCAGGGCGCUGAACCUCGCGGUUCCCGAGACGAGAGCGGUUCCCGAGAGCGCGGCCGAGUCGGGACCUCGCGGGGUCGAGUCGCGGGAUCAAUCCGAUUGGGAGACGGACCAGGGGUCCGCGAAGGACGAGUCCGACGCGGACGAGGUCAUCGAGGAGGACCUACCGAUGGAACCUACCGAGCCCGACGUCGUGGUCAGCCCGCCGGGUGGCUUGCACGACUCGGCGGAGCUGCGUCGAUCGAUGCCGCCGCCGACGAUUGAGGUGCACCAAUCGCCCGCGCCGUCGCCGACGCCGUCGCCCGCAAAGAGUAACGCACGUGUAACGCACGUGUCCACGCACGCGACGAGGCAAUCGCGCGAACGCGGGCGGUACGUCCACGCCGCGACCGGGAUGGGAUCGAGCCGGGCGUUCGACCUCGACGUGCUGAGGUCCGCGGCGCUCGAGGCUGAGACGGAAUUCGUCGCGACCGGGAUGGACGGAGGAGGGUCUUCCGAGCGCGCGAACGACGGCGAGAACACGCUCGCGGCGGCGAUGGCGAGGGCGAGGGCGGAGCGCGAGCGCGCGAACAACGGCGGCGUGGGCGACGGGGGCGGGAUCCGGGACGGACGCGUGGCGGAGGUCAAGGUGGACCGGGGCCGGGGCUCGCCGGAGACGAAACCGAAUCGUCGAGAGGUUCCCGAGACAAAGGCGAGCCCCGAGACAAAGGCGCCGCCGCCGCCGCCGCCCGCCGCGGCGCCCAAGUCUCCGGGCGGUCCGCGCGGGAUCAACUUCGCCGCGUUCCUCCCCGGCGGCGGCGGCGGCGGCGGCGCGCCCGCGUCUCCCCCGCCCCCCAGCGAGGAGGAGGUUUUGCGAAGACUCGGCGGGCCCGACGGCGGAACCGUCUCCGGUAUUCUCACCGCGCGACUCACCACGCUCACCGCGUGUAAGAACAUGUGGGUCAAAGGGGACACGAGGGGCGUUGCGGAGACGCUCGCGAAGAGCGGGGACCAGUCCGCGGUCGUUGACGUGGCCACCGCCGCGUUGGACGCGCCGGCAGUCGCGGGUGGUCACGAGACUCUCACGCUGGAAUUAGCCGCCGCGUUGACGCCGCUGAUGCGCGACUUACUCAAGUCGCCGCACGCGUCGUACGUCGACCUGGCGCUUCGAUUCGCGCGAACCGUCGCGCGGCGGUUCAUGUCGCUUUUAAAGAGCGCGCCGGAGGCGAUGGAGGCUGUUCGGCGGGGAGGCAUCGGCGUUGAUCUCGUGGGAGAGGAACGCGCGACGAGGGCUUACAGCUGCGUACACGCGCUGGAGGCGCUCAGGCCGCAGCUCGAAACGAUCGAUCGCGGCGGCGGCGAGCUUGCGCCGAGGGCGAGGGAGAUGCGGGGGCUGCUCGAUCAGAUGAGCGCCGAAUGAGCGUUAAAUUUAGUUGUUAAUCAUCGUCGACAUUCGC